CCCACGACAUUAUAAACAGAGGAAUGUGAACUGUAAACCCAGUCCAAGAAGAGAACCUAAAAGCUAGGCUUGUAGAUUAAAAUUACCUUACCAAAAAGACAGACUCCACAAGUCUGGUUUUCUCAAGACCUACCUACCUGUGCACACAGGCUGACCCAGCAAAAGAACUGAAAAUUACAGACCAAGAUGGAUGGCAGUAAUUGCAAAGCUACUGCUCCUCUCCUAACUCAGAGGUACCGGAGGAUGGUCACCAAGGACGGCCACAGCACACUGCAAAUGGAUGGUGCCCAAAGAGGUCUUGUAUAUCUUCGAGAUGCUUGGGGAAUCCUAAUGGACAUGCGCUGGCGCUGGAUGAUGUUGGUCUUUUCUGCUUCUUUUGUUGUCCACUGGCUUGUCUUUGCAGUGCUCUGGUAUGUUCUAGCGGAGAUGAAUGGUGAUCUGGAACUAGAUCAUGAUGCCCCACCUGAAAACCACACUAUCUGUGUGAAGUACAUCACCAGUUUCACAGCUGCAUUCUCCUUCUCCCUGGAGACACAACUCACUAUUGGCUAUGGUACCAUGUUCCCCAGUGGUGACUGUCCAAGUGCAAUCGCCUUACUUGCCAUACAAAUGCUACUAGGCCUCAUGCUAGAGGCUUUUAUCACAGGUGCCUUUGUGGCGAAGAUUGCCCGGCCGAAAAAUCGAGCUUUCUCAAUUCGCUUUACAGACUUAGCAGUAGUAGCUCACAUAGAUGGCAAACCUAAUCUAAUUUUCCAAGUGGCCAACACUCGACCUAGCCCUCUAACCAGUGUCCGGGUCUCCGCUGUACUCUAUCAGGAAAGAGAAAACGGUGAACUCUACCAGACCAGUGUGGACUUCCACCUUGAUGGCAUCAAUUCUGAGGAAUGUCCAUUCUUUAUCUUUCCACUAACCUACUAUCACUCCAUUAUACCAUCAAGUCCUCUGGCUACUCUGCUCCAGCAUGAAAAUCCUCCACACUUUGAAUUAGUUGUAUUCCUCUCAGCAAUGCAGGAAGGGACUGGAGAAAUAUGCCAAAGGAGGACAUCCUACCUACCCUCAGAAAUCAUGUUACAUCACUGUUUUGCAUCUCUGUUGACCCGGGGUUCCAAAGGUGAAUACCAAAUCAAGAUGGAGAAUUUUGACAAGACUGUUCCUGAACUUCCCACUCCUGUGGUCUCCAAGAGCCCAAACAGGACUGACCUGGACAUCCGUAUCAAUGGACAAAGCAUGGACAAUUUUCAGAUCUCUGAAACAGGACUGACAGAAUAAGAUGUAUCCACGGCACCCUAUUUUUUAAUGUAUUACGCAGCUACUUUUCCUUCGUUAUAACUUUUUUUUCAAUGCUGAUUACAUCUCUCUGAUGAUAUCAUGGUAACAAGCCUAUGCCCAUAAAAAUGGCUGAGCUAAUAAUACACAUUCUGGAAAUUUAACAUUCUACCUUAUAAGUUUGUAUCUGUGGUUAUCUGCUGAAAUCAAUGCAUCUCAACAUGACAGAUAUUUAUAUAACAGCAAGUUGGUGAAUUUAUCAUAACGUGGAUGAUACCACUAAUGAAGGGAAAACGGGACAGUAAAGUUUAACUCAGCCGAACUCUAAGAUCAACCACAAAUCUCUCAUUUUCAUCUGCAAGUUGAAGCAACAGUCUAGUUUGAAACCUAGCCCCCUGGGUAGAAUGAUGAUUUCACAACAUUUAGCGAACAUCCUUUUAAAAGUGUUAUUUUUUCAAGACAACAAAGAUCAUUCCUCUGGUUCUUCAUACUACAAAGCUGGAGUAAGUAUUACCCCCCCUUAAUUUUUAACAUCUAAGAACAAAAAAAUUCACAAGAAAAACAAUGGAGAGAUUUAUAUGUAGCUCUAAAGGCAUUAUACCCAAACACAUGCACAUGUUCACAUAUUUGUGGCAGAAGUGAUGAGAUCAAGUGAGAGCCCCAGCCUGAAUGGAACCUGUAAGGUGGUAUUUUUGUAAGGAGAUGCAAAAUUAUAUCUACUAUCAAACAGUGAUUUAAAAAUCAUAAUCAACUAUUCAUCUGAAUGGCUUCUAAGUAAAAACAGUCCCUUCUUACCUAUGACCUAUUCAAUGGUAUAAAACAAUGCAACAACUCUAAAUAACUCAUAAAUGCAAAGCUAUUUAAGUUUUUGUAGAUAUAAAGGUUUACUUAUACGUAAUUCAAAUAGGAAAAAAAUCUCCAGUAGAUAAAGCAAAAAAUAAUUAGGCAACAAAGUAUUUUCAAACCCAAAUUCCUGUUUCCAACUUCAAAUAGUUUUUUCUAUAAACACAAAAUGAGUGUUUAUUCAUCAGUAGGAGGUUGAACUAGAUAAACUCUAUUACUUCUUACCAAAUCUAAUACUCCAUGAAAAUUAUACUCUCUCUCUGCUUCAAUUUUUAUUUAAUAUAUACUUAGAUGAACGCUUUCCCUUACCUCCAGUUUAAUUUAAAACCAUUCCCUUUGCAUAGCCUUCAUUUUGAUUUAAAAAAAGAAAAAACUGUCUUCAAAGCAAACAAGAACCAAAAAAGUCGCCCUAUCAGAUUUCAAGUAGAUUUGUGGCUGCUCUUCUUUUCUGUAAUUCUCCUUCUUCAAGUUUAGUAGGAAAAGUAAAAGAUUAACCCUCCCCACUGGUGAUGACCUAGCCAGGAAUCAGCCCAUGAAUAAAUACUAGCCUAGUAAAGGCAAUCUGGUGUGACAAGCAGGGCAGAGCAGCAGUCACAUUUUUCUACUCUUUGACCAAAAGGAAAAGCAAAUAAAGAAGAGCUCUGGAGUAGUCAAACCGUGAUAACAGCAAAAAAAAAAAAAAAAAAAAAAGUCAAGGACACAGAAACUUAAUUAUUGUAAACUUUUGCUGUUUGAAACUUUUAGGCAUCCUUAAAUGCUAACCAGACCAAAAGACUUUUUUUUCCAACCCAGGACUGUCAUAACCCAUAUAGACAACAGGAAUUCUUAUUUCUAUAAUAAAGUAACAAGAUUCACCUAACCUGUGAAAAUAAAGUAGUAUCAAAGAUUUA